AUGUACUUUGUCGAGGGCGAGAGUUUAAACGCCUUUUGGACCCGUUGGGAGGCGUCCACAUCCGAGGCGGACGAGGCGAAGCAACGUUCGGUCCUGCGACAGCUGGCCGCCAUUUGGCUCGAACUUUAUCGCGCUCGCUUUGAUAAAACCGGGCGUCUUACCAGGGCUGCCGACGGCUCGUGGGCCGUCACGCAGCGCCCGUUGGCAUACGAUAUGAGUACAAAGACCUUCGUCGCGCACUUGCGGCGCCAGCAGUUGUGCUUGAGCAAUAUCAACCUGCCAGGCACAUGGGACGCCGAGGGCUUCUUUGCUUUCCAGACGGGCAGCCACAUCGACAUGGAGCACACCAUGGCAACCGCGAGCGACUGGCUCCUCUCACGCCAUGCCAUGGAUCUACCCGACUACGCUGCCCAUCUUCAUGGUGACAACGGGCCGUAUGCUAUCUUUUGUCCCGAUCUCUCAAGGGUCGAUAUACUUGCCGACCCGGCCACGGGGCUAAUCAUCGCCGUACUCGACCUCGAGUUCACAAACACAAUGCACGCCACGUUUACCCAGGGCCCGUCCCUUGGCACGCCACUUAUGACCUCGGCAGGGUGUAUCGAGCGUGGCCUGUUUUCAACUUGGCAGGAUCUACCACGGGGUAUCUUCGUUAUUCGCUGGGGUGGAUCCGUCUAUCGCUAUUGA